UGCUUUCCCGCUCAGCGCUAAUGACGAGGCGAGGCGGAUCUUUUCCGCGCUUUAGCUUUCAUUGAAACAGACCUGAACAUAAAUAAGAGAAGAGCCCCAGGAAUAAACACACACUCCAGCUGUUCGUGCCGUUCCUUCAUCUGAGAGACGUGUCCCGUCGUGCGCGCAGCUGCCCUGCUGCUCGUGCCCGCGUUGCGCGGCCGUGUGAUCGUGAGUGCACGCGCGCGUCGUGAGCAGCACGCGACUGUGUCCCGUUUUAACGGCUGUCAUGUCCAAACUGGAGCAGAUUCUGAUCCUCGACCCACCGGGGGACCUCCGCUUCAGAGGACCCUUCACUGAUGUGGUGACCGCUAACCUGAAGCUGAGGAACCCGUCCGACAGAAGAGUAUGCUUCAAAGUGAAGACCACAGCUCCUCGCCGUUACUGUGUGCGGCCCAACAGCGGCGUGAUCGACCCCGGCUCCGCCGUCACCGUCUCCGUCAUGCUGCAGCCCUUUGAGUACGACCCGAACGAGAAGAGCAAGCACAAGUUCAUGGUGCAGACCAUCUUCGCUCCGUCCGGCGCCAGCGACCUGGAAGCCCUGUGGAAAGAUGCCAGACCGGACGACCUGAUGGACUCCAAGCUGCGCUGCGUGUUUGAGAUGCCCUCAGACAACGAGAAGACGAACGAGCUGGAGUCCACCAAAGCCCCGUCUGCUCUGAACGCCUCGAAGGAUGGAGCGUCAGGAGCCAGAGCCGGAAGUCUGUCCACGGACGACACCGAGAUGAGGAAGCUGAUGGAGGAGAGCAAGAGACUGCAGACGGAGGUCGGGAAGCUGCUGGACGAGAACCGGCAACUCAAGGACGAAGGGCUGAGGAUGAGGAAGGUCAAUCAGUUGGACAGCUCUGUGUCCAGGUCUUCGGCGGUGAUGCAGAGUAAAGAGCCGUCCACCAGAUCUCUGCCGUCUCUGCUGGUGGUCAUCGCUGCCAUCUUCAUCGGGUUCUUCCUCGGGAAGUUUGUCUUGUAGAGUUCAGCCGAGCGGAGUGUGUGCUCCUGUAGAGGAGCGUCUGCAGACGAGCCCCACAGCAGCGGAGAUAAACAUGUGUGUGUACAGAUCAUCCACACGGCCCUGCCUUACACACACACACACACACGGUUAAUUCAUUCUCUUUCUCUCACACAAACACAGACACACGGUUAAUACACACACACACACAAUGACAAACACUCUCUCUCACACAAACACACGGUUAAUACACACACACACAAUGACAAACACUCUCUCUCACACAAACACACGGUUAAUACACACACACAAUGACAAACACUCUCUCUCUCUCUCUCUCUCUCACACAAACACACGGUUAACACACUCACACAGACACUCUCACACACUCUCAGAAGCUGGCCGCUCUCCCUCUCUCACACAUACACACACACUCUCUCUCUCUCUCUCCCUCACACACACACACACACACACACUCUCAGAAGCGGGCCUCUCUCUCUCUCCCUCACACACACACUCUUACUCUCUCUCUCCCUCUCUCACACACACACACACUCAGAAGCGGGCCGCUCUCCCUCACACACACACACACACUCAGAAGCGGGCCUCUCUCCCUCUCACACACACACACACUCUCUCUCAGAAGCGGGCCGCUCUCACAUACACACACAUUCAGAAGCGGCCGCUCUGCCUCUCUUCCUCCGUCUGUGGUUGUGGGUGUGUCUCUCUGGGGUCAUCACUAGCCGCCGGUGAAGUAGAGAACAACAUCCUGUCAAUCAAUAAAAGGAGCUGUUUCUCUUUCUCUCUGUGGUUUAUUAAGAGUUUAAUGGAAUGUUUUCAGUGUCGUGUACAUGUUCUUUGGAUUCUUUUGAGAAAAUGGGAACUAAUGCAGAUUCGUACACACACACACACACACACGAGCGGACCGUCUCUCAGCCGGGAUCCAACACAAGCGAUUCUGAUCAUUUCAUGGAGUUUUCUUUAUGCAAAUAAUUCUAUAUUUGAUUGUGAGGCACCUUGAGUGAAUAAACCAGGUCUGCAGUCCUGUCCCGUGAUGUUUAACAAGCUGAAAUAAAGAAUCUCUAACACUU